AGGAAUAAAGAAAAUAAAGAAAAUAAACUCUGUUCUGCUAACAAGGAAAAGCUAAAGACAAAUACAGAGUAGAAAGAGAGAGAGAAGAGCAGAGAAUUGCGUUGUACCCAAAAGUUCAAAGAGAGCUGAGGCAUCUUAGCUCUGUUUUGGCUAUCACAUCAUUGUUUCUUUGUACAGAUUUUACUUGCAAAGCUUUUUUCCCCCCCUGCUUCAGCUUCCAAUCUUACUUUGUACUAGUUUUGUUUGCUUUUUAGUGGGUUUGGCUAUCUGGGUUUUAUUUUAAAGUUGAAAAGAUUGAAAACUUUACCUUUUUUAUCUCAGUUUUUGCUUUGUUUUCUCGUCUGGGUUGUUUCAGUUUCCUUAUUUUAUAAUGACUAUGGAAGAGAAAACGGGUGGUUCCAAUGGUGAAGAUGGUGGCAAGGACCGGUUUCCUAUUGGCAUGCGUGUUUUGGCCGUUGACGAUGAUCCUAUUUGCCUCAAAGUUUUGGAAAAUCUGCUUCGUAAAUGCCAAUAUCAUGUUGUUACAACAAAUCAGGCAAUUACGGCCCUCAGAAUGUUGAGGGAAAACAGAAACAGAUAUGAUUUGGUUAUAAGUGAUGUUAAUAUGCCAGAUAUGGAUGGCUUUAAGCUUCUUGAGCUUGUGGGGCUCGAAAUGGACCUACCUGUAAUCAUGUUGUCUGCUCAUAGCGAUACCAAGCUGGUAAUGAAGGGUAUUACUCAUGGUGCUUGUGACUACUUAUUGAAGCCUGUUCGAAUCGAGGAGCUCAAGAACAUAUGGCAACAUGUCGUGAGAAAAAAGAAACCUGACUCCAAGGAUCACGGUAAUUCGGGGAAUCAGGAUAAGACUUGGGGAGGAACCAGUGAUGCCGGUCCGAUGUCGACGUGCAGUUCUGAUCAAAAGGUCAUUAAGAAACGAAAGGAUCAAAGUGAAGAUGGGGAUGAAGACUGUGAAGAUAACGGCAGUGAUAAUGAGGACCCUUCGACCCAGAAGAAGCCUCGGGUUGUUUGGUCUGCAGAGCUGCAUAGGAAGUUUGUUUCUGCCGUGAACCAAUUGGGUCUUGACAGUGAGUUCUUCACUGUUGAGAUUAGUGUUCCGUUCAAUGACAUUAUGAAAGCUUUUAAUUUUCUUUUUUGCUCUCUUUAUUUAAAUGCAGAGGCAGUUCCGAAGAAGAUUCUCGACCUUAUGAAUGUUGAAGGGCUUUCGAGGGAAAAUGUUGCAAGCCAUCUGCAGAAAUAUAGGCUUUACCUGAAAAGGCUCAGUAGUUUUGCAACUCAACAAGCUAACAUGGCUGCUGCAUUCGGCAGUAAAGACCCCUCUUACUUGCGCAUGGGUUCACUGGACGGCUUUGAGGAUUUUCUAACGUUGACUGGACCCAGAAGGCUUUCGAGUGCUUCCCUAUCGUCUUAUCAACCAGGUGGAAUGCUUGGGAGACUGAACUCCUCAACUGCUUUAAGCUUACGUGAGAUUUCUUCCGGCAUGAUCCAACCGGGGUAUUCUCAAACAUUGAACAAUUCAAUCAAUGGUCUCGGGAAGGUCCAGCCGGUUGUGUUACCUGCAAACCAGAAUCAAAAUGGAACUUUGUUUCAAGGGAUCCCAACAUCAAGUAAUACUCUUCCUACUGCCUCAGGCAUCCCCUUUGGAGAAUUUGAUCGUGUUAAUGAUUUGAAUGUUUUUGUUGUCCCUAAGAACUUUCUCGAUGCCGGAGUGAUGGUUGGUAGAUCAAAUAAUACUCUUCCUACUGCCUCAGGCAACCCUUCAUUAUUACAAGCAAACACACAACAGACACACAGUGGUACAUUUGGAAAUCAAUUGUCUCUCGGUGUAUCAUCACUGAAUCAGGAACCGUUUGACAUGCAUGUUCGCAGUUCUUCGAAUUUUAUUGAUCAUGGUAGAUGCAGCGAAAACUGGCAAGGCGCGGUUCAUUUAUCCAGUUUCCCAUCAAAUUCAUUGUCGACCAGUGAAGCUUUCAAUCACGAGCAAUUGGCAACUAAUAAUUUGCAAGAAAGCAUCUCUUGGGCGAGCUCUCACCUUAAUAACAUCCCUCUUGAUCAUUCUUCUCCCCUGGCAAAUUCGACGAUUUCGAAGGACUCUAGAGGAGACAUAUCCCAAGUUGGUCUAAAGAAUAAUGUCAUUCAGGAUAUCGAUUACACAACAAAGCAACAGAGGGUCUAUCGAAGGCACGAUUACAACGGAAAUAUGAAUCGUUCAUUCAGCAGAAUGGACUCCCUGGUUUCUGCAAGUGGACUUGUGGUGGACCAAAGCAAUGCCAUCGACAAUAAAUUAAACGAUGUUUCUUUGUUCAGCCAAUUUUCCGGUGGCAGUGCUUAUGUUGUUCCACACCUUGAGGGUGAGAAAUCCGCUUUCGAUACAAAAUCGAGAUUGAAUGUGGGCUUCCUCUUUGACCAGACCAAGUCACAGAGUGGUUUCAGUCAAACUGAUUUCGAACCCUCAGAUGAUAUAAAGAUGUCCAUGAUCAAAUCGGAGCAAAAUAAUGAGCCUCCAUUGUUGGACGGAGAAUUCGGAUUCGAUGCGUACUCCCUUGGAUCAUGCAUAUGAGAAGCUUGAUGCUGAUUCUAAGAUAUAUGGGGUGGUUGCUUCAUUUAAUACCUUGUCGAAAUUGAUGACAACAUCUUUCUUUAUGGAUUUCAUUCUUCAUGUCCUGCAAAUUGAUGAAAUUGUAGUUUGAGAAAUGUUUAGUUUCUCAGUUUUUCUUAGUUUCGUUUGUAUCUUGUUUGUCAUAGUUAUGUGAAGGUUACAGAAGAGUUAUA